AUGGCAAGCAUAGCACGAAAAUUUAUCUUCAAUUUUUUAUGUCUGCUACUCUUCCUAGGUCUAUCUUCUUCUCAGCAGCAAAACACAUUAGUGCAACGACAAGAGCUCAAAGAUGGAGAUGAAUUAGUUUCAGCUGAUGGAAAGUUUAGAUUAGGAUUCUUCAACCUUACAGGUAACAAUUCUUACUUAGGAAUAUGGUACGAUGGUGACUCCCUCACGAAUGUAGUGUGGGUUGCCAAUCCAAAUGCUCCUCUGUUUGGCAAUUCUGUAAGUCUUAGUAUUGAUGACUAUGGGAGUUUGAAAAUUUCAUACAGCAAACUGGGUCCUCCUAUUUCACUAAAUCCAGGCCAAGAACCCAGUAAUUGUAGUGCCGUUCUACUUGAUACUGGUAACUUUGUACUACAUGAGCUGAAUUCAGAUGGAACUGUGAAGAGGGAAUUGUGGCAAAGCUUUGACUAUCCCACUGAUGCACUUCUGCCAGGAAUGAAACUGGGAUUCAACAAAAAAAGUGGACAAACUUGGUCUCUAAAAUCAUGGAGAAGUGAUGUGGUACCUGACGUAGGGGCCUUUACUUUUGGCAUGAACGUGGACUCUAUACCUGGAAAUGAGUUCAACAUCAUGCAGCACGAGGACGAGUAUUGGACAGGUGGGUUUUCGCAAGAUGAGGGUUACCAGCACAAGCCAAUAAAUGGUUUCACUUUACAAGAUCAAAGAGGUUCCUCUUACGCCUUUUCAAAGGUAAGGAAUGAGAAUGAAACAUACUUCAACUAUUCGGCAAAUAAAGACAUCAAAACGUUCCCACGGUUAAGGAUAGAUUACAUGGGAAAGCUUUAUGUAGGUGAAAGGUUGCUUGUUCAAUGUAGUUUUCCUUCCCUUGUUUCAGAUGAUCAAGGAUGUGUGAAGAAAAAGCUUCCGAAGUGCAGGAGCCAUGAUAUUACAUUUGCUGAACGUUCAGGUUACUUUGUGGAUACCGAUGGAUACGAGUUUCAUGCGGAUGACAACCUGACCCAUGUGGAUUGUGAAGACAAAUGCUUGCCAAUUUGUUCUUGUGUUGCCUUUGAGCCUUCAAAGGAAGAUGGCACCGGCUGUAAGGUUUGGACCACCAUGCCAAAUUUUGAAACGGCUUUGAAUGCACCGAAAGUAUACUUCCUCGAAUACAAAGGUAAGACUAAUUCAUGCUGA